AUGGGUGCUCCAGUGCUGUGUGCCAACCUCCUGCUGCUCUCAGCAUUCCUGCCUCUGAUCCAGACCAAGAACCAGAGCUUUGCAGGUUCACACUCCCUGAGGUAUUUGGUAACCACGACUACGACUCGACCAGGUCUUCGAAAUUCCCAUGUCCUCAUUGUUGGCUACGUGGACUACAUGCAAUUUACGCGCUUUGACAGUGACGGAGCUACUCAGAGGAUCCAGGCGCGAGGACCCUGGAUGAAGCAGAUGGGGCCUGCGUAUUUGGAAAUGGAGAGAAAGGCACACGAGAGGUAUUCACACACGUCCCGAGAAAACCUAAGAUUCGCAAUCCAGGUCUAUAACCAGAGCGAUAAUGUCUUUCACACCUUCCAGUGCUUCCUUGGUUGUGACAUGGGGCCAGACAGACACCUACUCCAUAUGCAAUAUGAACAUGCCUUUGAUGGCCGUGAUUAUAUCAGACUGAAUUCAGACCUGAGAACAUGGACUGUGGCAGACAAGACGGCUCAGAUCACCCAGCGACAGUGGGAGGCAGAUAAUGUAGCAGAGCACUUCAGCAAUUUCUUCAAAGCCUAUUGUGUUCAGUGGCUACCGAGGCACUUGGAGACAGGGAAGGAGACUCUACUGCGCUCAGAUCCCCCAAAGGCACAUGUGACCCAUCAACCCAGACCAGAAGGUGAUGUCACUCUGAGGUGCUGGGCUUUGGGCUUCUACCCUCCUGACAUCAUCCUGACCUGGCAGAGGAAUGAGGAGGACCUGACCCAGGACAUGGACCUUGUGGAGACCAGGCCUUCAGGGGAUGGGACCUUCCAGAAGUGGGCAUCUGUGGUGGUGCCUUCUGGGGAGGAGCAGAAAUACACAUGCCGUGUGGAGCAUGAGGGGCUGCCUAAGCCCCUCACCCUGAGAUGGGAACCACCUCCUAGGCCUGUGGUUGGAAUAACUGUUGGUGUAGUUCUCCUCGGGGUUGUCAUCAUUGGAGCUCUGAUGGCCUUUGUGACGAUGAAGAAGAAGAAUGCAGGUAGGGAAGGGAUUGUGUCUGAGGGUUUUCAAUAG